GAAGAGGUAUUCCCAGCAAAAAAAAGGGUGCCUAUCCUAUUGAGUAAGAAAAAAUGUCCCUCUAUGGUGGGCGCGAAACCCCGGACGACACCUUCGCGAGCGAUGCCUCCGGACUGAGUUCGAACUAUAUGAAUGAGAGCAACUGUCAGCGUUUUUGGCAGCGGCUUAUGACCUGCGUCCGGGAGAGCCAGGAGCUGGACGUCCUCUACGACUGCCGAAGCCGCCUCUUGGACAUGCGGGAGUGCGUGGUACGGCAUAAGCAGUCCACCUGGGUCCUCCGCGAGAGCUUGGUCACGGUCAAACACAAGAAGAAACUCAGAAAGUGGAUUCGCGAGUAUGACGAAAAGAUCGGCCACCCGCCGCUGCUCGAGGCCGUCUCGACGGUGCGAAAAUUACUGCAGGAGGAAGGUGGCGUCGACGUGCUGAAUCCUACUGUAUUUAAGGAUCCUGAUAUGUUUAUCCCCAAGAAAGUGUUGUCUCCUGUAAAACAAUAACGAAUACACAGGAAGAGCUUCGAUGGUGCGGGAUAGCUCAAUCCAGAACGAAAGAGAUAUCAUUGGUGAAUGUGACAAGAAAAAUGUGUAUAAGAUUCACGCACGUAUACUCAAUUUCUGUAGAAAUAGUAAAAUUCUUAGGAAGACAUAAGUCACCGUAUAAUAUAUAUAUAUAUAUAUGAAAGUAUUUUUGAAUAGGAGAGUAGACAAAGGUGUAUGGGUAUGUGCGUUCUUGAAAGUAGAAAUUCUCUGAUAGUUUAGGAAUUCAUUCUGGGAUAUGUGCUCUGUUUCACCCCUAAUUUGCUGUAGUUUUGUGAUGAUUUACUUUCAUUUCUUCGUUAUCGUUGUAAUACUUGUCAAUUGAGCUCACAGUGAACACUAUCGGGAAACUUUUAUGAGAAUGUUCAAUGAAAAAUUCUAGUAAUAUAUGUAUAUAUAUCCACUCAUUGGACAAACUGCUAAUGAUUCGUACUUUUCCUUCCCCGGUGACUCUAAAAAAUUCCAUAAAUGGAGCUAAUGGGUGUGUUUAUUAUAUUCUUCCAAUGUAUACAUAUAUAACCAUUUUUUUCUUCUUCUUUCCAUACUAUACUACUGCACGAUUUAUCCUUAUUACAUUUCAUUAACAAGAUACUCUUAUUUAGGGAACUUAUUAUAGAAUUAUACUCAGAGUCUGAGCUACUAUUAUUACCAAAGUUCCAUUAGUAAGAGCCGUAACGAAUCGCCCUCAUACAUAGCUUUUAUAAUUGUUAAUUUUACUAUUUCAUUGUAGUUAAAUUGAUUAUUUCAUCUUCGCUUGGAGAGUGGUGACUUUUCCUACAAAGCAAUUGUAUUUUCUCCGUUGUCAUCGAUAUUUGAUCUUGUUAGUGCCACAGCAGUAUUGAAAAA